AUGAGCGGUUCCAACAAACCCAUACGCAAGAACCCGAUGCUUAUCCUCGAUCUGGUUAUAUUGGUUCUGGAACGAUUAAGCUUUGUUGAUUUUCAUAGAGCCAGAUGCGUUUCUUCAGUAUGGUACUCCGCUUCAAAAUCAUGCCGCAUGAGACAAUCAAACCCAUGGAUAAUCCUCUUUCCUGCAGACGUACUUCACUUACCUCUUGAAAGCAUCGACGAUUCAUGUAAGUUGUUCGAUCCUAUUGACCACAAAUCAUACACAGUAAGAGAUCUCGGUUCUGAUAUCCUUAGGACUUCUUGUUUCGCAAGUUACAAUAGCUGGUUCCUCAUGUUAGACCGUAAAACACGUUUUUAUCUUUUGAAUAUGUUCACUCGAGAGAGGAUUCAUCUCCCUUCCCUAGAAUCAAUGCAAUCGAAUGACGACGGAACAAAGUUGAAAUUCAAGAGAAAUUUUGACUCUAGCUUCACGGUUACAACUUUCCAUUACAAAGAUAACGUAACAUCAUCAAAAACGUGUUAUGGAAUACGCACUGCCGUUUUGUGGGUAGAUGAAAGAAACAAAGAUUAUUUAGUUGUGUGGGCGUUUCAUCACACUCUUGUAUAUCACAAGAAAGGACAAGAUAGCUGGAGAGUGUUUCGAUCAUCAACGAAUCAAAGCUGCGUCGAUAUGGUGUUUAUAGAAAGCAAGCUUUACGUGCUUAUUGAAGACAGAAGCAUCACUGCUUUUGAUUUCUCUUGUGGUGAUUACCCUAAGGAAUAUGCAAGAUUCACGUCUCCUGAUGAGUGUUAUGACACAAUUCGUUUUAGACAUCUUGCUGUGUCUUUAUCUGGACAAGUUUUGGGUAUUUCAAGUGUGUGGGGAGACUCAUUUAACAUCUACAAGAUGGAUGUUAAAUCAUCAGAAUGGAGUAUUAUCGAGUACUCUCUAGGGGAUGAAGCAUGGCUUUUGGAUCAACGAAUAACGGUUCCAGCCAAAGAUGGAGUUUUGAAAAAUUGCUUAUAUUAUAGUAAUGGUCAGUUUCGGGAGGAUGAUAAUGGCAUUUGCGUCAUCAAUAUUCAGACCAUGAAUAAAGUUCAAUUGUUUAAUCAUCUUACUGCUUCGUCGCCACUACCUUUCAAGGAUGCUCGUUGGUUUGUUCCCACUUUUUGUGGAAAAUAA